AAAAAAUUGCGGUGAGCGUGGAUCGAACACGCGACCUUCAGAUCUUCAGUCUGACGCUCUCCCAACUGAGCUAUCCCCGCAAGUUAUUAUAAUUAUGCAACAAUACUUAUAUUAAUUAUAAUUUAACCAUAAUUGAAAGAUUUUAUUUUUAUUUUUUAAUUUUUAUACUAUUCCGUAUCAGUUUCCUCGACUUUCACCUGUCUUCUUUCACUCAAUUAAUUACUUCGUACUUUCAUAGAAGGUAUCAUUUUACUGGAAAUUAAUUUUUCUUACAAUGCUUAAUUCUGAAUAUAAACACUUCAUCUUCUUCAUCAACAUCUGAAAUUGUGGAAGCUUCCAAAACUCCAUGUAUAAUUAGCUUCCAUUAAAGCUUCAUCAAUGGCGGAUGCUACCAUUGCAGAUACUUCUCAAGUUCAGCUUGAAGUUAAGCGUAAAAUUGACGGCUCUUGGCAUCCUUGUCAAGUCUCACUCUGCUCUGGUGGAGGACUUUCUGUGAAAUAUGAAGGUCAAGUUUCAGAAGAUGUGAUAUUAGACGUAGAAGAUGCACGAGUUUGUCUUCGUGUACGUUCAAUUCCCGUGCAGGGGGAUGAUUGUUGUUGUAUUGAGGAAGGGAGACAUGUUGUUGCUGCUUGUGAGAGAAACUACCAGAGGCUCUUUUUUGAUGCAGUAGUGCAAAAGGCAAUAAGAGUGAGACAUUCCAAAAGGGCUUCUUGCAGAUGCACUUUCAUGAUUAAAUGGCUUUCUGAACAUACUGAAAAUGGAGUUUCAAGUAUUCCAUCUAGCUCCAUCAUGAACUUAGCUACAGAAAGCAUUGAUUCUCAUCCAGUUGUUGCUGCUUUCUUAAACUCUACAGAGGAAAAAUCCCAUUUAUCUACUUCAUCAGCAUCCCCUUCAACUUUUGAAGAUACUGAAAGCGAAUUUGAUUUUCAUGGGUUAUUGAAGCAUAUUGAAGGAAUUGGCAGCAUGACUGAUGGUGAAAGCAAUGGUCGUACCAAACUGGUUGUUUCACAACGAGAGAAUAAAUGUGUUCAAGUAAGUUGUGGAAGGAGACAAUUAAGAUCCGCAAGAAGACAAGAUAUAACACAAUCAACAAUUGACAAUCUUAUAACUUCUGCACCAUCAUCUCAUGAGAAAUCUGUACAAAAUCAGUCUCCUCUCAGUCCUCUUGCUGCUCGUGCAGUUCUGGCCUCAUUAGUAUCAAAACUUCCCCAAAAGAUUGAAUCUGUUCUUCAUGAAGAAAGAAAAUGUGACUCUGUGUUAGAUUUUUCCUCUUGUGUGUACAAUUCUAGGGACUCUGAUACUUUUAUUAUAAACAAGAGGGAAACACUUGUGACAAAUGAAACAAGGUUUUCAGACAAGAUGCUUCAUGCAAAAUUGUCAAAUGGAUUGCCUAUAGAGAGGUCUAAUAAAAUUGAACCCUCUAUUGACUCAGAUGGCAGUUCAUCAUCCUUAAUGAGAGAGGAAUCCGCCGUUCCUGUGGUUGCAAGGAGAUUAACUCGUUCAGCAAUGAACAGAGAAAGUGCAAAUACAGAUGAAGAUAAUGGAACCACAUCAGCUAAAGAUGCAACAUUUGUUCGUGUGACUCGCUCUACGGCUCAUAAAGAGAAAGGAAAUAUGGCUAAGAAGGAUACUGAAGAUUUGCAGGACAGGAAGAUAAGAUCAACCCGGUCAAUUUGUUCUGCAGUAAAAAAAGAGACAGAGAUUUUAGGUGUGAGAAAUAGAAACAGAACCCUUGAUGAAGGGGCAAAGGGUACCAUCUUAAGCAGUACAAUUCGAGUAACUCGUUCAACAGCUCGUGCAGGGACUGGACACUCUGGAGUUUUAGAUGACUGCGCCGAAGAACCAUUGCAAGAUAAACAUGAAAGUGAAAGUGUUCAUACAGAUCAUUCUAAUGUUGGUUCUGAAGCUAUGAUAUCAACACAGAAAAGGACCUUUCCACUGAUCAAUGCUGAGUUGAAAUCAGCAGAAAGUAAUAAGAAGCAGAAGGGGUCAAACUCUGUUGAGAAGAGACAAAAGACAGCAGCUGAACUUAAUAAUGAUGUUGAUAUGCGAUCUCAAAAAAAGUCAAUUUCUUCCAAGAACCAACCCACACGAUAUUCACCAAGGCUUAGAUUCUCUUCCUGCACUUAAUCAGCAAUUAAGUUGUAAGCUCAGGUGCAAUCGUAAUUCAUGCCUUUCCAUCGCUACUUUGCUUUGUUCAGGAAACUUUUAAACACAUGGUUUGGUUUUUAUUUAUUUUUUAUUUAUUUUUAUUUUAUUAUUAUUAUUUUUUUAGAAGAGUACUUAGUAUGUUAUAUCUUAAUAUAUUUUAAUGAAUCUACCAAUAUUCUUGUCCUUCUGUGUAUGCUUAAUCUUGUUAGCUAGGGCCAACCUCUUAGAAAAUUCAAGAUUGAUGAAUUUUGGUCA